AUGCUGGCCCCUGCUCUCCUCCUCUUACUGUGCCUCGGAGGGCGCGCAGGCCCAUCACCCCACUUCCUGCAACAGCCGAAGGACCUGGUGGUACUGCUAGGGCAUGAGGCCCGGCUGCCCUGUGCCCUGGGCACGUACUCGGGGCUGGUUCAGUGGACUAAGGAUGGGCUGGCUCUGGGGGUUGAAAGGGACCUGCCAGGGUGGCCCAGGUACUGGCUGUCAGGGAAUGCAGCCAGUGGCCAGCAUGACCUCCACAUUAGACCUGUGGAACUAGAAGAUCAAGCAUCUUAUGAGUGUCAGGCUACACAGGCGGGCCUCCGCUCUCGACCAGCCCAGUUGCACGUGCUGGUGCCCCCAGAAGCCCCUCAGGUGCUUGGUGGCCCCUCUGUGUCUCUGGUUGCUGGGGUUCCUGCAAAUCUGACCUGUCGGAGCCGUGGGGAUGCCCAGCCCACCCCUGAGCUGCUGUGGUUUCGAGAUGGGGUCCAGCUGGAUGGGGCCACCUUCUACCAGACCCUGCUGAAGAAAGGGGCCACUGAGUCAGUGGAGAGCAUCUUAUCCUUGACCCCUUCCAGCCAUGAUGAUGGAGCCACUUUAGUCUGCCGGGCCCGGAGCCAGGCCCUGCCUGCAGGAAAGGACACAGCUGUCACACUGAGCCUGCACUACUCCCCAGUGGUGACUCUGUCUGCAGAACCACAGACUGUGCAGGAGGGAGAGAAGGUCACUUUCCUAUGCCAGGCCAGGGCCCAGCCUCCUGUCACGGGCUACCGGUGGGCAAAGGGGGGCUCCCCAGUGCUGGGGGCCCGAGGGCCAAUGUUGGAGGUGGUGGCCGACGCCUCUUUCCUAACUGCGCCAGUGUCCUGCGAAGUCAGCAACGCCGUGGGUAGCGCCAACCGCAGCACCGCGUUGGAUGUACAGUUCGGGCCGAUUCUGCAGGCAAAGCCGGAGCCCAUGUCUGUAGAUCUGGGGGAAGACGCUUCCUUCAGCUGUGCCUGGCGCGGGAACCCGCUCCCCCGGGUAACCUGGACGCGCCGCGGAGGCGCGCAGGUGCUAGGCUACGGGCCCACGCUGCGCCUUCCGUCGGUGGCGCCCGAGGAUGCGGGCGACUACGUGUGCAGGGCCGAGCCGGGGCUCCCCGGCCGAGGGGGCGGCGCCGCAGAGGCCAGGUUGACUGUGAACGCUCCCCCCGUAGUGACCGCCCUGCACUCCGCGCCCGCCUUCCUGAGGGGCCCCGCCCGCCUCCAGUGUCUAGUCUUCGCCUCCCCGGCCCCAGAAACCGUGGUCUGGUCCUGGGAUGAAGGCUUCCUGGAGAAGGGGUCGCGGGGUCGGUUCCUGGUGGAGACGUUCCCAGCCCCGGAGGGCCGAGAUGGACAGGGUCCAGGCCUGAUCUCUGUGCUACACAUUUCGGGAACCCAGGAGUCUGACUUUAGCCGCGGCUUCAACUGCAGUGCCCGUAACCGGUUGGGUGAGGGAGGUACCUGGGUCAGCCUGGGCCGUAGAGACUUGCUGCCUACUGUGCGGAUUGUGGCUGGAGUGGCCUCCUCGGCCAUGACUCUCCUCAUGAUCAUCACUGGGGUGGCCCUCUGCUGCUGGUGCCAAGGCAAGGCCUCAGCCUCUUUCUCCAAGCAAAAGAACCUGGUGCGAAUUCCAGGCAGCAAUGGUUCCAGUUUGCGGGGUCCCGAGGAAGAGGAGACAGGCAGCAGUGAGGACCAGGGCCCCAUCAUGCACAGUGACCUGGUUCUGGAUGAGGAGGGGGCUCUGGAGACCAAGGACCCAACCAACGGUUACUACAAGGUCCGAGGAGUCAGUCCACUCUCGUCUCCAAACUCAUGUGUAGCAUCUGUCCAACUGAAAAGUGCUGGGAUCUUCAACUUGUCAUAAUGGAUUGAUUGUCCUGAUUUCUAAAGAACUAGAACAAGUUAGCGACCUUACUCCUCCAAAACUAAACAUUGAGGGGAGGGACAGAGCAUUACUAUUGCCUGGGUUAUUGAUGAACAGUUUGCUCAGCCAAAAGAGAUGCCCCAAGUGGGAGCAAAAUGGCCACUAUGUCCACC